AUGCGCCCCGUUCAAGUCGUUGUCUCUCUUGCCGCCGCGGUCCGGGCCGCCGACUGCGAGCCCUUCCCGGCGUCCAUGCUCGCCUUCUCAUCCGGGUUCAAGCAGCCGCCGCCCCCGACGGUGAAGCCCGAGUUCACGGCCAACUUUGUCCAGCACAAGUGGGACGAGACUCUCUCGCACAUCAUGACGGGCUACAUCCGCAACUCGCCCUCCGACAAGCUCGUCCGCGUGCACGAGGCCUUCGACGACGCGCUCGCCUCGUCGCUCUUUGACUUUUCCAACGUCACGGCCGACGGGCUCGUCGACAACACGCUCACCACGUACAGAGACAAUGCGACGCAGCCGGAUGUGUGGCGCGACUACGUCAACACGAAUUACCCGCUGUUUGCGGGCGACAUGCUCGUCCAGGCGGGCGCCGUGUUUGGCGGCCUUGUCGAGCGGCGCUUCGUCGACGGGCGCGUGGCGGCUUGGAAUAUCAUGUAUCAGGGCGCGAUCCCGGUGACGGUGUUUGUGAAUGACUGCGGCGUGGUGGUCGGGUAUGACUACUUUUCGCCUGGGCGACGCACGCGGGUCGUCACCGAGUUUUUCAACAUUGAGGCUGCCUGA